AUGCGCUCAACAGAUAGCAGUGUGAUCACCAUGACUAAGGACCCAGCCAUCGAGUUAUCCAACGCUGAUGAGGACAAGACUGUACAUUCAUCAGUUGACCCAGAUCAAGCUGUCCCCAUUUCCUCUACAGUCAUGGAAACUGUGGCCAUCACCGAGGAGACUCCUCUGCUGCCCAAAGGUUCUUACAUAUUUGAUUUUGACGACCUUGAUUCAGUCAACCCUUUCCAAACAGGAGCCUCCAAAAUUCAGAAUUCCCCCGUACUUGGAAGAAAGCUGCCAUGCAAUGACCCUCCUCCAGAGGUGGAAGUUGAAGAGCCUGCGGUGAAGGAAAUGGGACCAGCAGCCAUGGUUCAGGUGGCUCAGCCAGUUGUAGAGGCACCUGUCCAGCCAGAGAUGCGAGCUAUUGCACCAUUGUCACUUGCUCCCAAGGAGACGAGCCAGCCCGCUGAAGACUUCAUGCCUCAGCCGGGUGAGGCCGCUCCCAAUGCCGGCCCAGUGAAACUUGAGUUCAAUUUCGAUGAUGGCGGAGAGAUCAAGCGUAAGCCUCUUCCCAAAAGGUUUGGCAAAAGGCCUCCUGGUGUUAAGCCGACAGAGAAAAAGGCAGUACCUGAAGAAAAGAAAGAACCUGCUCUAUCUAAGGAAUCUCCAGUGAAGCCAGCGGUCAGUACUGAUUCUGAUAUUCCUGUUCCAAAAGGCGCGUACAACUUUGAAAAGUUUGAUGACCCACACUUCAAUCCAUUUGGUACAAAUGCAAGAAUGAGUGACUCUAUAGUCUGUAAGGUGAAAUCCAGUCCAGAGGCCAAGGCACCAACCUCAGUCAGGGUGUCUGCCUCCCCUGAUAAAGUGGCAGAGCCUGUUCAGAAAGAAACUGCACCAUGGCCAUCGUAAGUUCAUGUUCACUUUGCUGCCACUUUAAUAUUAUAUCAAAUUAAUUGAUUAAAGGAAGUCUUGAUUUAUAUUUAAAGCAUAAUCAGUUUGGUUGUGAGUGCUGUAUAAAAAUAUAUAACUUAAAUUUAGCUGCACCACUCCAUUAACUGGUGGUGACUCUAUUUUCAGUGUUCUUCCUAGUGCUGGAGACACAAUCUCAAGGACUGAACCGGAUCUUUCUGCCACAAGAGAAGGAAUUGUAAGCCUUUUUAAAACUAGCCAAAGCUCUAUAUCGAUUGUAGUGACUACUUGGGUGACAUUCAUUCUCCAAUCGUAGGACAACAUUCCACAGGAUCAGCAGCUUCAGAUGAAGUCUUGUGAAGUUCAGGAUCCUUCGUCUGGCAAAGAGCAGGAACCUCCAACUAAACCUGACCAACCUUCGCUGAGCACUCUAGAACCCUUCAAACUCUGCCAAUUUGAGCAGAACCCACAGAAUGGCAUGUCAGAAUUUAAUGAGGAGUUUGUUCCUGGAACAACAUGUAAGUCAAAUAACUUUAGGCAUGCAUGUUAGUUGCUGUACAUUUACAUCAUUUAGCAGACGCUCUUAUCCAGAGCGACUUACAAAUUGGUGCAUUCAACUUAUGAUAGCCAGUGGGACAACCACUUGUUAUGGGGUGGGGUAGAAGGAUUACUUUAUACUAUUCCAGGUAUUCCUUAAAGAGGUAGGGUUUCAAGUGUCUCCGGAAGGUGGUCAGUGACUCCGCUGUCGUGGGGGAGCUUGUUCCACCAUUGGGGUGCCAGAGCAGCGAAUAGCUUUGACUGGGCUGAGCGGGAACUGUGCUUUCGUAGAGGUAGGAGAGCUAGCAGGCCAGAGGUGGAUGAACGUAGUGCCCUCAUUUGGGUGUAGGGUCUGAUCAGAGCCUGAAGGUAAGGAGGUGCCGUUCCCCUCACAGCUCCGUAGGCAAGCGCCAUGGUCUUGUAGUAGAUGCGAGCCUCAACUGGAAGCCAGUGGCGUGUGCGGAGGAGCGGGGUGACAUGAGAGAACUUGGGAAGGUCGAACACCAGACUGGCUGAGGCGUUCUGGAUACGUUUUGGGGGUUUAAUGGCACAGGCAGGGAGCCCAGCCAACAGCGAGUUGCAGUAAUCCAGACGGGAGAUGACAAGUGCCUGGAUUAGGACCUGUGCCACUUUCUGUGUAAGGUAGGGUUGUACUCUGCGAAUGUUGUAGAGCAUGAACCUGCAGGAUCGGGUCACCGCUUUGAUGUUAGCGGAGAACGACAGGGUGUUGUCCAGGGUCACGCCUGGGUCACGUUCUUUGCACUCUGGGAGGAGGACACAAUGGAGUUGUCAACCGUGAUGGCGAGAUCAUGGAGCGGGCAGUCCUUCCCCAGGAGGAAGAGCAGCUCCGUCUUGCCGAGGUUCAGCUUGAGGUGGUGAUCCGACAUCCACACUGAUAUGUCUGCCAGACAUGCAGAGAUGCGAUUCGCCACUUGGUUAUCAAAAGGGGGAAAGGAGAAAAUUAACUGUGUCGUCUGCGUAGCAAUGAUAGGAGAGACCAUGUGAGGAUAUGACAGAGCCAGGGACUUGGUGUAUAGAGAGAAUAGGAGAGGGCCUAGAACUGAGCCCUGGGGGACACCAGUGGUGAGAGCACGUGGUGCGGAGACAGAUUCUUGCCACGCCACCUGGUAGGAGCGACCUGUCAGGUAGGACGCAAUCCAAGAGUGAGCAGCGCCGGAGAUGCCCAACUCGGAGAGGGUGGAGAGGAGGAUCUGAUGGUUCACAGUAUCAAAGGCAGCGGAUAGGUCUAGAAGGAUAAGCGCAGAGGAGAGAGAGUUAGCUAUAGCAGUGCGGAGAGCCUCCCUGACACAGAGAAGAGCAGUCUCAAUUGAAUGACCAGUCUUGAAACCUGACUGGUUUGGAUCAAGAAGGUAAUUCUGAGAGAGAUAGCAGGAGAGUUGGCUAGAGACGGCACGCUCAAUAGUUUUGGAGAGAAAAGAAAGGGAUACUGGUCUGUAGUUGUUGACAUCGGAGGGAUCGAGUGUAGGUUUUUUGAGGAGGGGUGCAACUCUCGCUCUCUUGAAGACGGAAGGGACAUGGCCAGCGGUCAAGGGUGAGGUAAGGGAGAAGGUCUCCGGAAAUGGUCUGGAGAAGAGAGGAGGGGAUAGGGUCAAGCGGGCAGGUUGUUGGGCGGCCGGCCAUCACAAGUCGCAAGAUUUCAUCUGGAGAGAGGGGGGAGAAAGAAGUCAAACCAUAGGGUAGGGCAGUGUGAGCAGGACCAGCGGUGGCAUUUGACUUUAUAAAUGAGGAUCGGAUGUCGUCAACCUUCUUUUCAAAAUGGUUGACGAAGUCAUCCACAGAGAGGCAGGAGGAUUCAGCAGGGAGGAGAAGGUGGCAAAGAGCUUCCUAGGGUUAGAGGCAGAGGCUUGAAAUUUAGAGUGGUAGAAAGUGGCUUUAGCAGCGGAAACAGAGGAAGAGAAUGUAGAGAGAAGGGAAUGAAAAGAUGACAGGUCCGCAGGGAGUCUAGUUUUCCUCCAUUUCCGCUCGGCUGCCCAGAGCCCUCUUCUGUGAGCUCGCAAUGAGUCGUCAAGCCACGGAGCAGGAGGGGAGGACCGAGGUGGCCGGGAGGAUAGGGGACAUAGUCAAAAGAUGCAGAAAGGUAAUGUCGACUUGACUAGCUUUUUUACUAACACUUAUCCCCCUUUCUCUCCAGUCAUGGCAAGUGACUUUGACGGACAGAUGGACUACCUGGAGCAGUUUGGGUCCAGCAAUGUAAGUUAUUAUCUUUUAUAUACAGUACCAGUCAAACAUUUUGACACCUACUCAUUCAAGGGUUUUUCUUUAUUUUCACUAUUUUCUACAUUGUACAAUAAUAGUGAAGAUAUCAAAACGAUGAAAUAACACAUGGAAUCAUGUAGUAACCAAAAGUGUUAAACAAAUCAAAAUAUAUUUUAGAUUCUUCAACGUAGCCACCCUUUGCCUUGAUGACAGCUUUGCACAUCUUGGCAUUCUCUCAACCAGCUUCAUGAGGAAUGCUUUUCCAACAGUCUUGAAGGAGUUCCCACAUAUGCUGAGCACAUGUUGGCUGCUUUUCUUUCACUCUGCGGUCCAACUCAUCCCAAACCAUCUCAAUUGGGUUAAGGUCAGGGGAUUGUGGAGGCCAGGUCAUCUGAUGCAGCACUCAUCACACUCCUUCUUGGUCAAAUAGCCCUUACACAGCCUGGAGGUGUGUUUUGGGUCAUUGUCCUGUUGAAAAACAAAUGAUAGUCCCACUAAGCGCAAACCAGAUGGGAUGGCGUAUCGCUGCAGAAUACUGUGGUAGCCAUGCUGGUUAAGUGUGCCUUGAAUUCUAAAUAAAUCACUGACAGUGUCACCAGUAAAGCACCAUCACACCACCUAAUGAACUUAUCCUCUGCGGCAGAUGUAACUCUGGGUCUUCCUUUCCUGUGGAGGUCCUCAUGAGAGCCAGUUUCAUCAAAGCGCUUGAUGGUUUUUGUGACUGCACUUGAAGAAACGUUCAAAGUUCUUGAAAUGUUCCGUAUUGACUGACCUUCAUGUCUUAAAGUAAUGAUGGACUGUCGUUUCUCUUUGCUUAUUUGAGCUGUACUUGCCAUAAUAUGGACUUGGUCUUUCACCAAAUAGGGCUAUCUUCUGUAUACCCCCCUACCCUGUCACAACACAACUGAUUGGCUCAAACGCAUUAAGAAGGAAAGAAAUUCCACAAAUUAACAUUUAACAAGGCACACCUGUUAAUUGAAAUGCAUUCCAGGUGACUACCUCAUGAAGCUGGUUGAGAGAAUUACAGUUUUGCACAUUUGGCAUCAAGGCAAAGGGUGGCUAUUUGAAGAAUCUCAAAUAUAUUGAUUUGUUUAACACUUUUUGGGUUACUACAUGAUUCCAUGUGUUAUUUCAUAGUUUUGAUGUCUUCACUAUUAUUCUACAUAGAAAAUAGUAAAAAUAAAGAGAAACCCUUGAAUGAGUAGGUGUCCAAACGUUUGUAUGUAUAGAUACAGUGGGGAGAACAAGUAUUUGAUACUGCCGAUUUUGCAGGUUUUCCUACUUACAAAGCAUGUAGAGGUCUGUAAUUUUUAUCAUAGGUACACUUCAACUGUGAAAGACGGAAUCUAAAACAAAAAUCCAGAAAAUCACAUUGUAUGAUUUUUAAGUAAUGAAUUUGCAUUUUAUUGCAUGACAUAAGUAUUUGAUCACCUACCAACCAGUAAGAAUUCCGGCUCUCACAGACCUGUUCGUUUUUCUUUAAGAAGCCCUCCUGUUCUCCACUCAUUACCUGUAUUAACUGCACCUGUUUGAACUGGUUACCUGUAUAAAAGACACCUGUCCACACACUCAAUCAAACAGACUCCAACCUCUCCACAAUGGCCAAGACCAGAGAGCUGUGUAAGGACAUCUGGGAUAAAAUUGUAGAUCUGCACAAGGCUGGGAUGGGCUACAGGACAAUAGGCAAGCAGCUUGGUGAGAAGGCAACAACUGUUGGCGCAAUUAUUAGAAAAUGGAAGAAGUUCAAGAUGACGGUCAAUCACCCUCGGUCUGGGGCUCCAUGCAAGAUCUCACCUCGUGGGGCAUCAAUGAUCAUGAGGAAGGUGAGGGAUCAGCCCAGAACUACAUGGCAGGACCUGGUCAAUGACCUGAAGAGAGCUGGGACCACAGUCUCAAAGAAAACCAUUAGUAACACACUACGCCGUCAUGGAUUAAAAUCCUGCAGCGCACGCAAGGUCCCCCUGCUCAAGUCAGCGCAUUUCCAGGCCCGUCUGAAGUUUGCCAAUGACCAUCUGGAUGAUCCAGAGGAGGAAUGGGAGAAGGUCAUGUGGUCUGAUGAGGCAAAAAUAAAGCUUUUUGGUCUAAACUCCACUUGCUGUGUUUGGAGGAAGAAGAAGGAUGAGUACAACCCCAAGAACACCAUCCCAACCGUGAAGCAUGGAGGUGGAAACAUCAUUCUUUGGGGAUGCUUUUCUGCAAAGGGGACAGGACGACUGCACCGUAUUGAGGGGAGGAUGGAUGGGGCCAUGUAUUACGAGAUCUUGGCCAACAACCUCCUUCCCUCAGUAAGAGCAUUGAAGAUGAGUCGUGGCUGGGUCUUCCAGCAUGACAACGACCCGAAACACACAGCCAGGGCAACUAAGGAGUGGCUCUGUAAGAAGCAUCUCAAGGUCCUGGAGUGGCCUAGUCAGUCUCCAGACCUGAACCCAAUAGAAAAUCUUUGGAGGGAGCUGAAAGUCCGUAUUGCCCAGCAACAGCCCCGAAACCUGAAGGAUCUGGAGAAGGUCUGUAUGGAGGAGUGGGCCAAAAUCCCUGCUGCAGUGUGUGCAAACCUGGUCAAGACCUACAGGAAACGUAUGAUCUCUGUAAUUGCAAACAAAGGUUUCUGUACCAAAUAUUAAGUUCUGCUUUUCUGAUGUAUCAAAUACUUAUGUCAUGCAAUAAAAUGCAAAUUAAUUACUUAAAAAUCAUACAAUGUGAUUUUCUGGAUGUUUGUUUUAGAUUCUGUCUCUCACAGUUGAAGUGUACCUAUGAUAAAAAUUACAGACCUCUACAUGCUUUGUAAGUAGGAAAACCUGCAAAAUUGGCAGUGUAUCAAAUACUUGUUCUCCCCACUGUAUAUCUCUUUCAUUCCUGUUUGUUUACAUUUUGGGCUUCCUCUAAUUAUUUAUCCUUUAUAUUCAGUUCAAGGAGUCAGCACUGAGGAAACAAUCUCUGUACCUCAAAUUUGACCCCCUCAUGAGAGAGAGCCCCAAGAAGUCUGGCGGCCCAACAGCACUCAACAACCUCCCUCAACCUGCUCCCUUUGCUUCACGGUACUUUACUCUUUUGGUCAUAAUCACAUGGUUUUGUUUUACCCAUCUAACUGGGGGGGGGGGACAAAUGCCUUGUGCGUUCAUCUUUAAAAUGUUAUAGUUGCAAAUAAGAUUUUAAUUUGCCUAGAAUUGAGAGGAUACUUGAUCUCUAGUUUGUGUAUCUUAAAUGAGUUUGCAAUUCAAAGGUGAAUAUCAAGGUGUUUGCGCCAAGUCUGAGGGAGGUUUCUGUCAAUGUGGUUUUAGUGUGGAUACCCAGAAGACUGGAGCCAAGGAGGAGGUGAAUGGACUGAAAUCUGUCGAUCCCAAACUUCUUGAUGUCCCACCACCUGUAAGUUACCGCAGUACUCCUCAAAGAUCCUACUAUAAUAUAGUAAAGCUAAGUAAUGUGGGAAAACUGUUAAAUGGAUGUCUUCUCUCUUUUAGGUUCAGGUUGUUGGUCCUCGGACUCGCGUGCAAAAUUCCCCUAUGAAUCUGGCCUCAACUUUCCCCCAACCAGCCAACACUGAGGAUAACAUCAUAGAGGUGCUUAAAUACAGUCAGCAAGACAUGGAAGCUGCCGUUGCCAAGAUCCAGAAAGAAGUAGGUGUUUGUUUUCCUCAUCCCCUUCAAUCCAGUCAUGAUCCUUUUCAUUUAUAAUGGUUUCUUUUUAUAGGCAAAGGAACAGGAAGAUGAAUGGAAGGCAAAGCAUGACAAGCUAUCUUGGGAUAAUCAUGAAAUGGGGUAAGCAAUAAGCAUUGAAGCUAGUCUUUGGUCACUGAUUCUCAUUUCAGACCUCUUAACAAGUUUAACUGUUGGUUUCUCUGCUUUUUGUUAUUGCAGGAAAAUCAUGUCUGAAUUUGAAGCCACAAUUGCUCAGAUAUUGGGUAGGUUGUAGUAAAGGAAAUUGUCCAAUGUUCAAGAUGAAAAUGAAGGGUAUUCAAAAAUGUUUAAUGUAAAAUGUACAACUUGUCAUGGUUUCCUGCAGCUGAUAAACAAAAGGAGAAGGAGAUGGCCCAGGCUGAGAUCACUAAAGUCUUGCAGGAGAAGGAGCAGGUAUCACAGGACCUGAACACCAUGGAGAGGUCCUUCUCUGAUCUCUUCAAGAGACUGGACAAGUACAAAGAGGCCAUCGAGGGUUACAAAAAGGUUGGAAUUAAAAAGGAUGUCAUGACCUAUGCAUAGGGCCCUGUGUUUUGUGCAACCAUGUGGCAUGCCUAAAUCUGAACCAUUUAUAUGAAAGGUUUUUCACAGACCUGUCCCCUUUUUAUGGUCCAGCACCAUCCUCAGACAAUUGCGUUCAUUUUUGGUGUAAUUAUCAUUUCUGGAGGAGGCUUAAAAUACAGGAUAAAAUCUUGCUAUGACACAUGAUUGCGCAAAACACUUUGGUGCAGGAAAGUAACAUUGUUGUGAAGGAUGAUGCUGAAUUGAUGUAGGUCUAUGACUUUGCUUUGCCAACCUCAUGACUUUUGGUUUUAAAUGUGUGUGCCACUAAGAAUGAAGAGAUGCUGAAGAAAUGUGCUGAAGAUUACCUGGCUAGGAUCAAGAAGGAGGAGCAGCGCUACCAGACCCUGAAAGCCCAUGCAGAGCAGAAAAUUGGCCUGUAAGACUCAAACUAUACUUUUUUGUGCAAAGUACAGCCGGUUACAGAAUUGUGUAUUGUUGCUGGCCUUUGUGUAGUCUCACUUGGCUGAAUAUUACAUAUAUAUAUUUUUUUUUCAGGGCGAAUGGAGAAAUUGCAGAGGUUCGCUCCAAACUAAAGUCGGAGGUCUCUGCACUUCAGGCCCAGCUGCGCAGGGAGCAGCUAAAGGCCCAGUCACUGGAGAACAGCCUUGACCAGAAAGUAAGUCCACCUCAGUCUGAAGUCCAUGAGGCUGCCUCUAUCAGGGUUUUUUGGCAUAAUUUGUUCAGGAAGGUUUUGCUCUUAUCAGAUUUUCCCUUCUUGCUUUUUUCCUGUCCCCUCAGGUAAAAGAGACGGAAGAACUCACCAAUCUUUGUGAUGAGCUAAUCGCGAAAGUCCAGAAGGGCUGAGUUGAACUGCAUGUCUGUCCUUGUCUUUAUUGCUGUACUGUAGUUUAGAUUUUUAAACAACAAAUCUAAACGUGCUCUUCCUGAUGAAUAUCGCUUUGUAAAUGUUUUGCUGCUCUUGAUUGGAGAUCGAGCAAUGGCUCAUCUACUGAUUCAUAUUUUGUUUUAUCAAUGUCGGUCUUGUCCAUGUCUGUGUAUUACUGUAAUAAUAAA